AUGCAACUUGAGGACGACCGUACGACAUCAUGGAGCCCUCCCCUCCGCCGCGCCUCGGCAUCCGUCGGCGCCGCGUCCGUGCAGCACGAACGGAUUGUGUCAAUCAACCAGUGGUGGUCGGCGCUAUUUGUCAAGGGCAAAUUGGACCAGCUCAAGCAGUCACGGAAACCACAAGCUCCUGUCAACCACACAGUUUUACAGCAACCACUAAGCACGACGUUCAAAGUGUAUUUUCCAAAGUUAGACUAUACGGCGGCGUACUAA